GGACGGCGGACUUAUUGAUAGCUGCUGUGCUCGAAACGGUCGUUGUGCGCUGCAAGCACCCUUGCGCAGCUCCUCGAACCAACUAUUUUGCUCGACGGGCGGCGCUGCAGCAGUGCAGCCAUGCGCCUCCAACUCUGCUGCCUCCUGCACGCCGCAGCGGCAGCCCGCAGCGGCUUCCUCAACCGCGAAAAGUACGCGGCCGUCGACACGGAACGCGCCGUGGCCGACGCCGGCGGCGCCACGGUGAAGGUCGGCGCGCCGCAGCACGCGCAAGUCGUGCUGCACCAAACGGAGCCGCGGGCCCCGAGCAUGAUCCACGACCGCAAGCGCCACGCCUGGCGGCUCUGGUCCGAGGGCUUUCACGCGGAGAGUUUGGACGGCGUCGCCUGGAAGCAGACGCGCCUCGAUGUGAAGGGACACGUCUUCGAGGACCCCAGUAGGCGCGAGCGAAAGAGGCGCUAUAAGGCCUUUGCUAACGGCGAGGCGCUCUCGUCGUCCGACGGCCUGCACUUCACGCGAGCGAAGGACGGCCGCGCGCCUUCGUCCAUACGGAGCGCGUUCUACGAUUCGAGAAGGAGGAGCUACGUCGCGUACAAAGAAUUAGGUAAUGCCACGUCUGUGAGAUACGAGAGCGAGGUCUGGCCGGGGCCCUACGCGUCGAAGCUGCUGCACGACGCGCCGGCAAUCGUCAUCCCGUACUACUCCAUCUACGUCGGGAUCACGGACGCGUGCCGCUUCGCGUGGUCGGGCGACGCGCUCGAGUGGACCGUGUUGGCGGGAGGAGUUAUCGAAGAGUGCCACACACCUUUGAAUCCGCUGCGCGACCCGGCGACGGGCGAGCUGCGCGUCUACGCGUUCGACGGCAAAAAGAACGCGUCCCUCACGUUGUAUCGGUUCCACGCCGACGGCUUCGCGGGGCUGCGGAGCCCGUCGACCUCCAUCAUAACGUCGCGCGUCCUGCCGUGCAAGGGCCGCGCGCCCGUCGUGACCGCGGCCAUCACGGGGUCGCUGCGCGUGGCGGUCCACGACGAGCGCGGCGACCUGGUACAAGGGCGCUCUCUCGAAGAUUCGCUGCCCAUGCUCCUGGACGCCGUGGACGAGGAGGUCCAGUGGAAGGGCGCCGCGGAGCCCAUCCCGGACCGGUGCGUCCUGAAGUUCGAGGUCAAGGACGCGACGUUGUUCUCCUUCGGCUGGAUCAGCCGCGCGCGGGACCGGCGGCAGAAGCGCGUGUACCGGGAGCGGCGGCGCGUGGCGAAGGCCGAGGCGCGGGGCCUCUUCCGCUUGUUCGUGUCGCUGUCGCUGACGACGCUGUCGUGCCUCGUCGUGCGGGUCGCGUCGCUCAAGUUCUGUGCUUUCUUCCGCCGGAACCGGGUGAAGCGCAUUCAGAGCGUCUAGUGUAAGUCUUGUUGUUGUUU